CCAGACACCCUCCUCGGGCACUCCGGUUGCCUGGCAACUGAUCGUGAAACCUGGACAACGGGGACCAGAUCGUGAAGAGUUGUGUGGACAAACUGAUCUGUCGGCUCGUUUAAAUGCGGUCGUCAGCAUCAUUGAGCCCCAGUCGUCAACGACCUGUGACCUCAGCCUCCUUCUCCUCCUCCUCCCUAACGACCGUGGCCGGCCCGGCUACGCUCGUGUCCUCCUUCGGCUGCUCGACGUGAACGACAAUGCGCCCAAGUUCUCGCGCAACGGUCGCAUCACCCUUCGCGUGCCCGAGUCUCUCGAGCCGGCCGGACUCGGGACUCCAUUCAGCCUCGGCGCCGCGGACUCCGACUCGAACGUCGACGGGCAUCGGCCGGUGCGACUCGCGCUGCCAGCCGCCUACGACGCCGACCUGCCGGAGAAUGGGGUCCAGGCCUACCGGCUGAAGACGGAGGCGGAGGUCGAGCUGGAGCUGUUUCGGCUCGAGGGCACCGAGAGCCCCGUCCUCGUGGUCCAGGGCCGGCUGGACCGCGAACGGACGGCCGCGUACACGCUGCAUGUGCUGGCCGUGGACGCCGGCAGUCCGCAGCGCACAGGCACCCUGACGGUGCGUCUCGAGGUAGCCGAUCGCAACGACAAUGCGCCCAUCUUCACCGCAGUCCACUUCCACUUUCCCGCCGGCCCGGCCACCCUCCUCGGAGGCGCCGGGUCCGACUCGUCGCCGCGGCUGCUGGCAGCUCGAGCGCCGCCGCGAUGGGAGACUGAGCUGGUGCGUCUGCCCGAGACGGUGCCUGUGGACACGCGGUUGGCCAGCCUCGUGGCCGAGGACCCCGACGACGCGGACAACGGACAGAUCGUCUACCGGCUGGCCGAGCCGCCGCGAUCGGACGGCGAAGCGCUCGCGCUUCGCUGGCUCCGUCUGCAGACCGUCAACGCGACCGGCCUCCUUUCGGUACGUGGACCGCUCGACGCCGACCAGGGCAGUCCGUCGGCGUGGUUGUUCUCGCGCACCGACCAGCCCGUGACCGGUCGACUCGUCGAGUUCACCGUCGAGGCGGUGGACCGUGGCGCUCCAGAACUCACGGGCCGCACGCGACUCCGCCUCCUAGUCGAGAAUGUCAACGACAACCCGCCUCAAAUCACCGUCCAGUACACGCAACCGGCGCCGGGUUCGAGUCCGGGCGCCGCGGCGCUUCUGGGCAGCCUGCGCGAGAACCGGCCGGCCGGGCAGCCGACGCCUGUGGCCCACCUCACCGUGACCGACGGCGACCGGUUGCCAGAGACACAGGCCGCCUGGCUGUCCAGACCCGGACUCUCAUCGGAACUCGAGCUUGGGCCCAGUGUACACUGUCGUGGCAACGACUCUCGCUUCCGCAUCAAUGCACUGCCCGGCGAGUUGGGCGUGGCGUCCGGCGAUUCGGUUCAUCUGUUCCGCGUCGUUGCCCUCGCUCCAGUCGACCGGGAACGGAGUCAAGUGAUCCGGCUUCAGGUGACCUGCGUCGACGCGCCUAACGACCUGGUCCCACGCUCCGGUCUCGAGUUGACUGGCACUGCACUCCUCUCCCUCCUCGUGCUCGACGUGAACGACGAAGCCCCGGUGUUUUCGCGCAGUCACUACCGUUUCUUGGUGCCCGAGGUCGACGGCCAGGCACAACUCGGUUAUCCCGGCCCCCCGGGGCCCGAAGAGCCGGGCCGGGCGGGCCUCGAGCCGAUUCUGGUCGGCCGGGUUCAAGCAACCGAUGCGGACGCCGGCAGAAAUGGUGAGUUGACCUACCGACUGGUCGGCAACGGUGCUCAUCUGCCGGACGGUCAGGACCUUUUUCAUCUGGACGAGAAGACGGGCGAGUUGUGGCGCGUCGGCCUG